AUGCUUCUUGUUUUAUUUCGUCUUCCUUUUUUCUUUCAUAACCCCCCCAUGCAUUUUCCAUCUCAAUCUCUUUCUAUCUAUCUUUCUAUUGUUAGCUCGUCUUUCUUUCUCUCUCUUUCUCAUUCGCUUUCUCUUUCUUUUUCAAUAAUUCUUUCUCUUUCUUUCUAUCUUUUUUCUUUCUUUCUUUGCUGUUACACUUUCUCUUCCAUCCUUGCAUUACUAUCAAUUCUUAUUUUUUCAUUCUUUCUUCCUUUUCUUUUUCCUUCUUUCUUUUCUUUUCUUUCUUUCUUUUCUUUCUUUCUUCUCAUUAUAAAGCUAAUCUUACUGAAAUUUAAUCUUUUAAUUUUCUUUCUUUCUUUUCUUUACUUCAUAAUCAUUCUUUCUCGUUUGAUAAAUUUUGGUUGUCUCUUUUACGAUCUCUUUCUUUCUCGCAUUAAUAUAUUGGAUUUUCUUUUCUAUUCCUCGUGUCUCGAUUUCUAUUUCCUUCUUUCUACCUGUCUUUGUUUUUUUCCUUUCAAUCUAUUAACCAGGAGCCCUCCUAUUCAUUCGCUUCUUUCUAUAUUUAUUUCCCUAUCGUUCUUCUCUCUUUUUGCAUUUAUUUAUUUAGUCUUUCAAUUUCCUUUCUUUCUUUCUUUCUUUUCAAUUUUUAGCCGUCUCUCUUUUUUUAACUUUUUCUCUUUUUUUCUUUCUUUUCUUUCUUUCUUUUCUUUUCUUUUCUUUUCUCUCUCUAUUUUUCUCUCCUUCUAUUAUUUUAUACAUCUUUUCUUUAUGUCUUCCUUUUUCCUUCCACUCUUUUCUCCAUUUUUAUUUCUUUUCCUUGUCUCUUUUCCUUCCUUUUCUUUUUUUUUUUUUCACUUUCUUUUCUCUUCUUUUCUUUUCUUUCUUCACUUCUGCUUUCUAUUCGUCUCUCUCUCUUUUCUAUCAUUCUUUCUUUCUUUUUGUCUAUUGUAUAUGCAAUCUCUUUCGUCAUCUCUAAUUAACAUAUCCACCCUCAAUUCGUCUCUCUUCCUCUUCUUUCUCUCUCAUUCUGUCUCUCAUAGGUAUUAUUUUAUCGAAAUGCUCUUUCACUCUUUCCUACUAUAUCUCUCUCUCUCUCUCUAUAUAUCUCUCUCUCUCUCUACUUCUCAAUUUUAUCUCUUCCUUUUUAUUUCUUCCUCGCUCUUCUUUGUCUUUUUCUCUUUCUCGCUCUCUUUCUUUGUCUAUCCCUUUCUUCCGUCCGUUCACCUUCCCUCUCUGUUUCAGACUUUCUUCACCUGUAUUUUCUCUCCUAUGUAUCAAAUCUCGUUAUUCAGUCUUAAGUAG